AUGAAAUUGCAGCAACCGCAGUUUCUAUAUGCAAGAUUAUGUUCCGGAGCUGAACUAAUCGAUAAAGAAACAUAUAUGAAACUUUACGACCACUAUCGAUGGAAUGAUAGAAGAACUCAAGACGUGAAAAGAUUCAAAUAUGCAGAAAAGGUUGCCACACAAAGUAAUAUUUAUUCGGAGCCAAGAGCAACAAACGACAUUAGAGCUGCAGAUAACAACCCAAAUAUCAAGACAAUGACAGAGACGUCUAUUAUCCGAGCCAUUAAAUUUUGUACAAGAAGAAGCUUAACAUGUAGGAUAUCAAAAGGUUUUAGAUGCACACCUUUAGUGGUUUCAGCUGCAAUUUUGUCACCAAUUGUAACACCCACACAACAUUUGGUCAAAUUUACAUCUAUUAAAACCUUGAAGGACUGCCAACAUUAUUUGGUAGAUAAUUGGGAGCAAACCAAAGAGGGACAGUUGUUAUUAGAAGAAGAGUAUGAUGAAUUGUUUUUGGAUGGUGCUUUUUCCAUAGAUGCAAGGUUUGCAUUACCAAAGGAUUUAUUAGGAAGAUUAGAAUCUUCAAAAUUUUCAAUUGUCGGAAUGUUUUCAUAUUAUAACAAAUCUGUUAUUGCUUGCACGUUGUUUGAAUAG